AUGGAUAAGACCAAGCUAUCUAAGUCUUACAUCAAAACUUUGGAAGACCAGAGUAAGCCAGUUCCAAAUGACAAUAGACAGGAAAGGUAUUGCAAAUACAUCACCAAGUUUGCCUCACAUUUCGGAAAUGAGCGAGUUAUUUUGACAGGCAGUACAAUUAAAAGACUGCGGCUCCGUUCCCACAAAGAUGAAGGGGAUUUCGACUACCUUAUUAUAUCCGGGAUCACCAUACCUGAGGACGCUCUAGAGCAGAGGAAGGAUUUGCCUUGUUUUGUGCACAUACGUACAGACAAGCUUAAAACAUCUUUUUCUAAGAGUCUUAUUGUGGACGGAAAGUAUCUCCACAGCAAGGUUCUGAAAGAAUUCGAAGUUACGAAGGAAGGUUUCCCAAUAACUAGUGGGCUCAAACCUAUCUUAACCGCCCCCAAGAUAUCUAAGGGAAGGCAUUCCAAACAUCUGGAAAUCAAUCUAGAGGCCAAACCGGGAACAAGUCAAAUACAUUAUUCUAUUAGGAAAACUGAUGAUUUAGAUCCUGAAAUCCUAUCAGUAAUAGACGAAGAAGAUGACGCUGGGAACUUUCAGUCGGCUGUUAGGUCCAGUAAUUUAUCAACCGAUAUGAAAGAUAUUCUUUGUAAUCUUGUCAGUAAACUUGUAGGAACAGUCACUAUUGACACAGCUCUUUCAAUGCUGUUUCAGACCCUCAGUGGUUUGCUUAUAUCAACAACAUCAUCCGAAAAUAGCAUGCCACCCUCAAAGAGGAUUUGUAAACGAGAGUCCGAAACCGACUCAGAUCAUGAGAAAGUAUACCGCGUUCCAUAUCUUUACAAAAGCAGCAAGGAUUUUAUUGCAGCUUUUCCUCUCGUAGGAAACCCAUCAUAUUUGGAAAACUGGAAACAACGAAUGAUGAGCAGGAAAGGUUUGUUUUGGCCGAAACAGGACACAAUUGAGAAUAUUUGCAACGCAGAAUUGUAUGUAGUGGCAAAACCAGCCAUUGUCGACCCUAAUUCUUCCAUAGAUUUCUGUCUGGGUUUUAACCAAGCAGAACACAUUUUAGCAAAGUCUUUCAGUCCCGAUCAAAAACUCUGCCUGUUGCUCUUGAAAUCCCUUCAAAAAGGAUUUUUGGAAAGCUACUCAGAUACCUUGACAACAUUCCACUGGAACAAUGCGUUUUAUCACAAGUGUGGAGAAAUUAAUCCAUCACUCUUUGAUCGCCAUUCCACAAUAUUGGUAGCACUCGGAAAUGUGUUAUCAUACAUGGCGAAAUGUUUAGAGAAUGGUUAUCUUCAGCAUUAUUUUAUAGAAAGUAACCUGCUUGCCCAUAUUUCUAAAGAGAAAGCUAAUGAAAUUGCUGCGAAGAUCAAAGAAAUCUUACAGGAUCCCGAGAGAACAAUGGAAGUUUACUUUGAGAAGAAACCAACUGACCAGAUCUGUUUGAUCUCAAAAAAAGACUUAAAACGUGCCAAAGAAAGUUGGAAUCAACUGCACCAAGCAGGCAACAUUAUCGGAACAUGGUCAGCUAACGAUGACUCUACUCUCCAAAAUGCCCUACUGGACACUCUACAACUAGUUCUUAAAACGGAUUUCCAAGGGGAAGGGUCCGUUUCAGAGGACUCUCCAGGAACAUCCACAUCAGGGGAAAGUCAAAUUGGACAGUUGUUGGGGGAAGGAUUACGAUAUUACACUGCUAACUUCUCCAACCGACAGGAACGGAAGAGGGCUGAAGAGAACCUGAUAUCUAAAGCCGUUGUCACCGUUUUCUCUUCCAUUCUUCGCAAGUAG